AGCUCCGCCGCGUAUGAAGUUUGGUGUCGUGGCCAUUACGAGUACACCUGAGCUCGCCUCUGCAAACACUCCCCUCUCCGCCGCCACUGGGUCCGCCCCUGCCGCGACCCGCCCGGGGCGGUGAGAGACUGACCCGGCGGCCGGGCCGGCGCGCCGCGCGCCCGGUCAGUCGGCCUGUGACCUGGUCACGAUGAGCGGCGGUGGAGGAGGCGGCAGCAGCAGCACCGGCAACGGCAGCGGCAGCGGCGGCAGCGCGGCGCGCUAUGAGCGUCUCGAACAGAUCGGCUCGGGGACGUUCGGCCACGCGUGGCUGGUGCGGUCGCGCGCCAGCGGACGUCAGUAUGUCGUCAAGGAGAUCAAGGUGACGGCCCUGCCCGAGCAGGAGCGAGAGCAAAGCGUCAACGAGGUGGCCAUCCUGUCGCAGUGCAAGCACGUCAACAUCAUCCGCUACAAGGAGGCGUUCAUCGACCAGCUGACCGGCUCUCUCAACAUCGUCAUGGAGUACGCCGACGGAGGUGACCUGUACGCUCGCAUCGUGAACCAGCGAGCUACCAACGAUCACUUCCCGGAAGAGCUGAUCCUGAACUGGUUCAUCCAGAUCACCUUUGCUGUCCAGUACCUGCACAGCAAAAAUAUCCUACAUAGAGACUUGAAGACCCAAAACAUAUUUUUGACGAGUGAAAAUCUAGUGAAGGUCGGCGACUUUGGUAUCGCUCGAACCUUGCGGAGUACCCAAGAGCUGGCGACUACAGCUAUAGGAACACCUUACUACCUGUCUCCGGAGAUUUGCCAGAGACAGCCGUACAACCACAAGUCUGACCAGUGGGCCGUAGGCUGCAUCGUCUACGAGAUGUGCUGUCUCACCCAUCCCUUCAACGCCAGCAGCUUCGAGAAUCUGGUGCUGAAGAUCCUUCAGGCCCGCUACAGCCCCAUACCCAGCCACUACAGUCUGCUGCUGCGAGAUCUGGUGACCGUCCUGCUGCGCACCCAGCCCGAGCGGCGGCCCUCCGCCGAACAGGUGCUCAUGAUCCCCGCACUCAAACCCUACGUGGAUUCGUACGUCGAGUGGCAGAACGCGGCCAUGUCACCCCGCGGCAGUCACCGGGCCACCGGCAGCUCGGCGCCGGGCUCCAGUAACGGCUCCGACGACCGCGACAGCCUGACGUCCAGCCAGGAGGAGAUCUGCGUGUCGUCGAUGUCGACCGACUCCCUGGAGACGGGAGGCGCCAAAGACCAGCCUGAGGCGGCCGGUGACAAUGCCCCAUCCACCCCUCCGCCCGCCCCUCCUACCACCACCACAACCCCAGCACCAACCUCUGAGACGACCCCGGAGACUGAGCAGCAGUCUGGACGCCGUCAGCAGUCCGCGUGGCGGUCCCAGUACGCUAACCAGCUGGAGGCCGAGUCCGACUGGGACGGACACCGAGCCAGGGUGGAGCAGCCUGCCGUCGCCAGGCGCCGCUCAGAGGAUGCGGGCUCUCCGGUGGAGGUGGUGUCGGCGGCACCUCGCCAGCGCAGCUCCUCUCUCUCCAGCCUCAGCCCAGAGAGCAGGAGACGGCGGGCUGCGGACGGACAGCGUGUGAACAGUCCUCACACGCCCGGCAACGGAGCGGUCAAACCGAAGGGUCGCGGCCAGUCGAGUCGCGGGCCCAGCGCUCUCAUUCGCCAGGUGCUCAAGAACAAGUUCUCUCGCCAGGAGGCUGUGCGCCCCCGCAGCGCCAGUGACCCUGCCGAGCCAUCCGACCCCGCCGAACCCUCCGAGCCUCGGUCGUGCCCGCGCCGUGACCGCUCUCCAACACGCGUGUUCCGUCGGCCCAGUCUGAGCGUGGCUCGCGCUGCUCCUCGCUCCCCGCACUCUCCGCGCUCAUCGCGUCCUAACGGCGGGUCGCGCUCCCCGGUACGGCAGAGCCGAUCACCGGUGGCCGGUGGCUCCGGCAGGUCAUCGCCGCCACUGAACACGAGAAACGCCUGCUUCCUGGACGCCCCGGCACCAAGACCGUCCGGACCGACAAUAGCUCGGCCGGUGGAGCGACGUCCCGUCUCCCGCAGUAGCAGCACCAUCAGUGCCACCAGCAACAUGAGCACGGGAAGUACGGUUGGAAACAACGGCCCUGCCAGGGAGCAGCCGACAGCUAACGGGGAACGGUCCAGCGGCCACGGAGAAGGCGCCUCCCGCGGCCGGGCGGAGGGACAGACACCGGCGACCAGCGAGCCUGGUGGUGAGGCUGCCAAGAAACAACAGCAGCAGCAGCAGCAGCAGCAGCAGCAGCGGCCGCCGCGGCCGGCGCAGCGCAGUGACAGCUCAGUGUCCAGCUCCAGCACCGGCAGCGCUCAGGAGCGGCCGGCCAACCGGCGCCGGCUGUCGCUGGAGGUCCGGCAGCACCAGGGCAGCCUGUCCUCGAGGCGGGACGACAGCCCCACCUCUCUGGCAGGAAAGACCGCCCGUCAGGAGAGUGCUGAUAUGGAGGAGACUGACAGCGACAGUCAGGAGUCGACGCUCGUCAGCCGCCUGCCGGAUGUCAACCACAACAGCAUCCAGCUGGCAGGCGGUCAGCUGCACGCGCGCUCCACCGAGUGCGCUGGUGGCACAUGCUGUUCGCUGAUCUGCGCUCAGUGUCGUUACGCCAAGGAUGAGGAGCUGGCACGACUGAUGUGGUCGGCCCGUCUCCGGCCCGGCACUCAGCCAGACGACACCGCGCUUCUGCAGCACCUGGCUAAGACGCUGGGCGGUGAGCGGCUGAACGCUGUGCUGGGUCGCCUGCUGGCCAGCUGGGAGGGCGGCGCAGAGCCGGGCCCGCUACUGGCCGCGCUGGGGAAGGAGCAGCUGUACCUUCUGCCGCUGCUGGUGCAGGCUGUGCAGCUGAGAGCGGCGGCGGGCCGGCCGGCCGCCAGCGCCGCCGCGCCGCGCCGCUCCCCCAGCACCCGCUGAGGAGGGGAGCGGAGACAUGUUCAGGAGUCGCAGUCUGCAAGGAUCUCACGGAAAUACCGUGUGGGCAGUAUCCAUGUAGUCUGAAUGUUCCAGUGCCUCUUGAUAGUAUCUAAGACCGACCAAAGGGAUGAAAUGCGGCUUUGCUUUUAAAGAUAUUGUAAACUUAUAAUCCGUUUGUAGACGCUGUCUUUGCAUUUCGUCGUCACUAUAAUAAAGCUAUUACUUGUUUCGCAGAAUAUCGGUAGACAGUCACUGUGUAAUGUGCACAUAUAUUCGAACAGCUGGAAUAGUCGACGCUUUUUAACUGGAGCAGCUUGGCUGUGGUAUUGCCAUGGCCUUAGAUAUCGGCCGUUAUUUCUAUUUUAAUAUUUUAGGUUUUUUAGAUAUGUAUUUAAGCAUGCACGAUAAUUCACGUUCAUACGCGGUGUUCGUAUGAGCUGUGUACCAUGUCGUAUUUGACAAACGUGAAUAAACUGCGGUUUUAUGGAU